AUGGCAAGAUCUCGGUGGAAGAGUCAAGGGCCCGUUAUGCGGACUGAACAUUCCGUGCAGCGGUCACAGCGGGACUUUACCGCCCUGGCGACUGCGGUUCACUCCGGCAUGACUUCAGAAAGCCUGGCAGAUAUUCAGCAUUGUGGGCUAGGCGCUUGCAUAUCAUUUGAUAAACAUGACAACAGGGAACGGUAUUCAAAAUCAUUCAGAAUCUCGCGAUGA